CUCUGAGUUUAUGUUCGCCGUUAAGAUGAUUAAGUCCAUCCUAUUGCGUCCCUAUUCAUCUCUCAUCCUCGGUGAUGUUAAGGAUAUCCACCGCCCGGGAUUAUCGACGCCGUCCAAAACUCGAUUCGCUUCCACGAUUCGCUCUUCUUCCAGCAGCGACGCCUACAUACCGAAGCUCGAACCUUUUAGCAGAACGAAAUUCGAGCGCGCCGUCAAAGAGCCUCCCUUGAUCGAGAAGUCCGAGAACCAACUCGCUGAUUACUGUUCCACACUUGAAGGAGACGAUUCUUAUAGUUGCUGGAGAGCUUAUUUCGAGUUGAAAGAUCUUGAGAAAGAGACACCGAAAGAGGAUGUGGAGAAGAUAAUUAUUCAAGCAGGGGGUGUUAAGUCAUUGAUCGGACUCUUACAUGGAAUUGCAUCCAUCCACAAGGGAAACAACAAUGGAUUUUCAAGUAUGGCUAAGCCAGUGCGGACCGAAAAUGUAGGCAAGAGAUUCUUGCAUAUCCCGGAUGGGUUGCCUAAAUCUGCAGAAGAAUUAGAGGAGGAAGAGAGAGCAAGAAUGCCAGAUUCCCCAUUUACCAGAAUGCUUAGAACUAAGGGCACAUUUCCCGCCUGGUACUCUCCUGCACCUGACCACGAGACCGAUUGAUAAAAAUAGAUGCUCAUUGUUAUUAUCAUAUACUAGCUUCCUUGUAGAUAAAAUGAGAUGGGGAGUUUGUAAUAUAGGGUUUUCAAGCUUCAAGUCGACUGUUAUUGUAUCUGGGAUUUAAGCGUUUAGGCCAUUCGUAUGGUCUUUUUCCAGAACUGGAAGUCUCUAAGAUUUUUUAAUCUAUCUUAAUGCAUCAGCUUUGUAA